AUGUUGGGAUGUAGACCAGCUGAUACACCAGUUGAAGCAAAUGUUUGUUUAUCUAGUCAAACAGGUGAACCUGUGGACAAAGGACAAUACCAACGUCUGGUGGGAAAAUUGAUCUAUUUAUCCCACACACGACCUGAUAUCACCUUUGCUGUUACCAUGGUCAGCCAGUUUAUGCAUGACCCAUACUCCUCUCAUUGGGAAGCCGUUAUUCGGAUACUCCGAUACUUGAAGGCAGCUCCAGGUAAAGGAGUCCUUUUCUCGCCUCAUUCUCAUCUUCGAAUUGAGGCCUUUAUCGAUUCACAAUUGGCCAGUUCUCCUGACGACAGAUGCUCUACAUCUGGUUAUUGUACAUUGGUUGGAGGUAACUUGGUCACAUGGCGCAGCAAGAAGCAGACUGUGGUUGCCCGAUCAAGUGCUGAAGCCGAAUUUCGUGCCAUGUCUCAUGGCAUCUGCGAGCUGAUGUGGAUUAAAGGCCUAUUACAGGAUUUGGCUAUCGAUGUACCUUUGCCUAUGAUGUUAUAUUGUGACAACAAGUAUUCUAAGGAGAUUCAAGAUGUAUAUGAAAUGCUUUUGCUUGAUGCUAUUGAAGGAUAG